AUGACCAAGUUCAAGUUAAUCGCUCGGAAAUCCGACGAUGUUGAAGAUGUUUUGGACGUUUUGAACGAGCACAAACAGGUAAUCUUUAAGUUUUAUUAUCUUAAAUUUUCUUGAAAGGUUUGUAAGCUGUAGAAAGUUUAUUUGAGUUUGUCUGAUUACUUUUUAUUGUUUUAUGUGAGUUUAAGUAAGGCGAAUAUAUUGAGUUAGACCUAACUUCACAAAGUUUUUUCAGACCCUCGACGAUCUUCGUAUAGCUGUGGAAUACAUGGAAGACGAUGAGAUUCUAAAUCUAGAAGAUGUUGAAGGAAACUCUUGUGCGUUUGUGCUUGACAACUUUGAGGGAGAAGUGUUUGAAUCAUUAAAAGAGAGAAAUGCAAGGUAUGUUGUCUAAAACAAUAUUAUUUUCUUGGUUUUUAGAAUCUGGUCGCCCCAUGUGUUGUCCCAGUGCUUCAGUGUGUCUAAGCCCUUACCUAAAACACCGUUAAUUGUACAUUCGUUUGCUUUUGAAGGGACUUGUGUCAGUUUUUCUGGAAUGACCAAGGAGGAGAAGGAAGAACUGGCUCGGAAGGUGGAGAUGAUGUGUGGAGCUGUGACUCCAAAUUUUUAUCAAACCAACGAUUUGUUAAUUGCUGAGACUUUAGACACAACAGCGCAAAAAUACCUGGUAAAACAUUCCUUUUAUGGUUGAUAUUGUUUUAGGCAGCAAUCAUGUGGAAGAUUCCGAUUGUCCGGCCAGAAAUCGUGGAUCACAUGUGGAAAUGCGGUGCGAAUGCAGAAUCUUUGAAGAAUGCCAAGUUUUUGAAAGAGUUUAACGUGCCAGUUUUUAAAGGAUGCGUAGUAUGUACUAGUGGUUUGUCUCCGCAUGAAAGAACUCUUCUGGGACAGCUUGUUGAGGAAAACGGAGGCAAAUACUCGGCUGCCAUGGAGAAAAAUGUAUGUACUCACUUGGUACUAAAUGCACCGUCUGGAGAGAAAUACAAGUUUGCUAGUUCUUUUGGAGUUAAGGUAGGUAUUUGGGGUAGAUUGUUUGAUUUUUAGUUAUAUUAACUAUCGUAUUGAUGUUGUUGUUUUGAAGGGCUUAGUCUGGGGUUUAAUGAAAAUACUUUCAACAACUUUUUGACAUUACAUUGUUGAAAAAAGACAUAAUUUUAUAAUGAAGUAUUAAACAUAAUAUUAUUUUGCUUUUUCUUUUUGUUAUCACAAUUUUUUGAUAUUAACUAUGUUGGUAAAGAUGGUAUAGUUGUAGAGAGCGAUUUUAUCAGUAAAAAUGGAACAAUUAGGAAUAGUAUUUGAACUAGAAUGUUUAAACAACGUUAAGUUUUAUUUUUAGAAUUAAAAAAUUGAGAUUUUUUUACUUUUAUUUUAGUUAUAUUGUAGUAGAUGUUGAUGGCAUUAAAAUUGAUUUUUAGGUUAAAAUACGUCGAGUUAAGCUUCUAACAUUUAUCUUUAAAAAAGUUGAAAAUUGAUUACAAAAGUUACUUUUCAGCCAGUAACCCCAUCAUGGCUUCGACGUUGCAUCGAGAAUGGCAUCAGGUACCAUGAACGUAGAUACCAUCCUGAUCCUGAGAUUGCCAACAAGAAACGCUCUGUUCUGAAGGAGACCAGUAAAACCAACAAGGUUUGA